AUCACGUCUCAGUUGCGAAAAAAAUAUCACGUCUCCAACUCCAACCAUAGCUCUCCCCUCUCCCCCAGCCGCCACAGAACUCCUCCCUGUUCCCAUCGCCGCCGCCCGCCGCUUCUCCUCUCCUCUGCUACCCCAGGCGCGAGGAACCAACCUCCCGAAGCAACCGGAGCGGCAAAGCGGCGGAGGAAUGGAGAGAUGGCGUCUGCGAUGGCGGGGAAAAAGAUGGGGCGGGCGUCCUACAUCCGGAUCAAGCACGAGGAGGAGCGGCACGAGGCGUCCUGGAAGGAGCCCGAGGGCUGGGUCUUCUCCGCCACCACGCGCACCGAUGUCGCCGCGCGCCUUGGCGAGCUCCGCGACCAGAUCCUCGCCGGUUGCGCCUCUCCUUCCCGACCUCGCCGCACAGCACUCCGGCUGCUCCUCCGCCCGCCGCGGCGGCGACCUAGUGUGUAUGGUAGAACCAAUCGAUUUGCAGAAGAUAGCAUGAACCGGAAGGGUAAUCGGUGUCGCCACCGGAAGGCUCGGCAGUGCUAA